AUGUCAGUUGGAAUACCCAUAAAGUUAUUACAUGAAGGAAUAGGUCAUACAAUAUCUGUUGAAACAAAAUCGGGAAUUUUAUAUAGAGGCACACUGCUUUUUGCAGAGGAUAACAUGAAUUGUUUACUUGAAAAUGUAUCAGUAGUAAAAAAGGAUGGCAAACAAAUCUUAUUAGAACAAGUAUAUAUAAGAGGUGGUAGCGUGUCAUUCAUGAUAUUUCCAGAUAUGUUAAGAUAUGCUCCUAUAUUUAAAAUUAAUAAAUCCAAAGCAAAAACAAGUUUUACAACCAUAAGAAGAGCAAUGGAAGCUCAUGCUAGAAUUGCAUCAAAAAAUAAAGACAUAAAAGCAUAG